AUGAGUUCAUGUUGGAAUGAAACGGGCUGGUGGGCUGAUCAAGAAGAAACUGAGCUAUCCUAUGCUCGUGAUAAACUGGAUUCAUUGUUGCAGAUCCUAAAAGAGGAUCCCACUAAAACGAAGACAAGCACUAAAUACAAAGAUGAGAUGGCUGGUCGCCGAGACUCUUCAGAAAAGGAGAAGUUUAGGAGUCCAUUCUAUAAAGUAUCGCCUAACGAUAUCAAGCGGAAGAAACGACGAGUACCAUCAGAGGAGGAAGAAACAUACAAAGAAUCCUUUGUUAUCAAGGUUUUUGAGAGAAGUGUUGAUUUUGGACAGUUUAGCGAAAACGCUCCUUUGUAUCCUAUGGCUAGAUCUUGGAUACGUAAUCUUAAUCAAGGUGAUUCUUCAUCAUGGAAUGAUGUUCCGAAUGUCGAUGAUGACCAGGAGAACAGUGAUCAGCUCCCUGAUUGUCACUACACUCUACCUAAGCCAAGUGAUGGCUUGACUGAUAAUGACAUAAGGAUACCACCUCCUCUUCCAUCGGAUGGUCAGCCGUUCCUUAUCAACGUCGAGAACCCGCCUAAGGAAAUGUCUCCUGAAGGAUUACUAGAACAACACAUUGUACGUUGGAGAGAAAUUCGGAGAAAAUGGAAAGCAGCCUGUCGCGAUAAUGAAGAGCGAUAUUUAGACUCUUAUCUUAUCCUGAAAGAAACAUAUGACAAAUUCUGUAAAGACAUACCAUAA